AUGGCCAGCCAACCUUCAUCGCAAGACAAGCAAGCUGAGCACGGUACGGCACUAGCAGCGCGUUUAUCCGCCUCCGCUGGGACCGUAUUGGCGCACGAUACAUCAUUGGUCAACAUCAUCGGCAGCCAGGUUAAUGAAAACAGAUGCUGGCAAGGACGCUAUACCAAGGAGGAUGUCUAUCCCGUGAGAGAACUCCCACCGGCAAAUCCCUCCUUUACUGGCAGGCAGCAGGAGCUCGACAAGAUUCGCUCGGUUUUCUGGGCCUUGACCCCCGACGGCAUGCAAGCAGGUUCCUCCGGUUCAAUCAAGACCAUCACUCUCUUCGGACUUGCUGGCGCGGGCAAGUCUGAAGUUGCCCUACGAUAUGCUCACGAUCACGACGACAAGUACGAUGUCAUCAUUUGGAUCAAAGCAAAAAGCGAAGCCGACUUAGAGACGGGCGCCAGCCGUGCCUGGGACCGCAUCAUCUCGCGCUACACCGCCACGUGGAGUGGUGGUCCUCUUCCCGAGCUCUAUCAGCGCAUCGCCUUGUCAGUGCACUUGUUUGACGCCCAGGUCUCGGAUUUUAAUGACCUCAAGCGGGAAGCGACCUCUGGGCAGCAUAGCAUCGAGCGUCUCAAAGCCUGGUUGCCCGGCAACCGUCCCUGGUUGCUAAUCUUGGACGACUACAAUGAGCCCGAGGCGUGCAAGAUCGACAGCCUUCUGCCUAGCACCGGGAUGGGUCAUGUGCUGAUAACAAGCCGGAACCCAUCUGUCAGCACGACGGACGUGCAGAUUGAGAUACCGCCAAGCUUGGGAGAAAGUGAGGGUGUGGAACUACUGAAGCGAACAGCAGGACGGCUUGUGUAUUGCUGCUGUGGGAAACUAGACUGCCAACAUGCCGAAACACUUGUCUCGUCCUUUGGCUGCUUCCCCCUUGCCAUCAGCCUCAUCGGCUCCGAACUGAGGGAGCAAAAGGGAAGCGUUACCUUUCGUAACUACCCCAAUCUGCCCAGUAGCACUGCCGAGCCCCUCAGCAGCAAGCUAGGGACCAUUUUUCAGCGACUGUUCAAGAGACUCAGCCGAAGGGCAAGGGAAUUGAUCCAGCUCUAUACCACGGCGGUUCAUGGUGCUGUGGCAGAGCUUCACUCUCUGUCCCUUGUCUCCCAAGACCCCAAUAGUGGCAGCCUGUCGAUACACUCGCUCGUCCACAAGUACGCGGGAACCACUGUUAAGCAUCAGGAAAAGAAGCAGUUGUCCCAAUGGGCUGUGGAGAUGGUAACGGCGACGUUUGAUUUUGGUCACAACAGGAGCGCCGAUCAGUGGACGUAUGAACGCAGUAUCUUGCCGCACGUGAACCGUUGCUUCGCCAUUCUGCUGUCGGAUCUCACUCCCGGAGAGGGCCCGCUGGAUGUACAAACCCGAAAACUCGCCUAUCGCCUCGCGCAGACAUACUCGCAGCUUGGUCAAAUGAAGGGUGCCACAACGCUGUAUGAGUUGGCGCUGAGAGAUCUGGAGCUGAGAUCAACCUCGGAUUCUGCUGUUAUCGACGUGAUGAACUCGUAUGGCAUCUGCUUGCGCCUCGAGGCCAAGUACGAGGAUGCGGCAAAGUGGCACGCCAGGGCGAAAGAGUUCAUCGAGAAUGCACCACCAUCCUGGGAAUUGUCUAUUGGGGGUUCCAAAAGGCUCAAAAUGCUCGAAACCGAACUGAAUCUUGCUGCUAUAUCGUUGGACCAAGGUCGGCACGGCGAUGCGAAAAAAGAACUGGAGCGCAUACUUGAGCAGCAGCAGGAAGAGCUUGGCGAGAGCGACGUGGCCACUGUCAAGACGCAGUGGCAGCUGGCGCAGGUUCUGUACCUGAUGGGCAACCUAGGCAACGCCCUGGAGAGAUUCCGGUUUGUGUACGAAUCCAGGAAGAACAGGUAUGGCGAUCAUCAUCCGACGACGCUCGAGGCAGCCCACUCGAUUUCAACAGUACUCGAGGAGAUGGGAGAGUACCUCAAGGCGCUGGCUCUGUUGCGGGAGGUUCUCGAGAAGCAGACAAGCUGUCUCGGGACAACACACUACUCAACGCUCAAGACCAAGAAUACUAUCGCUAGCCUGUAUGAGUGCCAAGGCCUGUAUGAUGAGGCUCUUCGAAUGAGCCGACAGGUGAUGAAGGAGCUCGAGGACGUACUGGGGACCGCGGCCAACCACCCUUGGUUGCUGCGGGUUCGUUGCGGCGUCGCGGAUGUUGAGCUGCGCCUAGGGAAAUACGAAGACGCGCGAAAGAACUAUACGGCUGCUUACGAGGGUUUCACAACCCGCGGCAUGAUGGGGGACGCCUGGCCAACGCAGAUCAACAUUACCAGAGUACUGCGUGACAUCGGGCAAUACGACGCGGCAUUUAUCCGUUGCGAAGAGGCGCUGGAGGAGCUGCAGAAGAAUCCCGAUAUCGACCGCAGAUUUGUGUCCGUAGCUAAGUUCUGCAAGGCGACAAUACUCGAGCUGCAAGGGAGGUAUGAGGAGGCUCUGCAGCUGUACGCUGAGAGAUUCCGGGAAGAGGAGGAGCAGCCGAAACCGGACCUGGUCGAAAUUCUCAAGAUGAGGUGCUUCUUUGGCAGUACCACAACCAAGCAGAGCCGAUACCAAGAUGCCUUGCAGAUAUACAACGACAUUGAAGAGGAAGUCCAAAAGCUCGAUAAGUCAGGACGCUCAAUCGUUGAGCUGUUGGCGAUGCGAGGCAAGGCCGAUGUCUACUUGCAACUGGGGCGGUACGAUGACGCGUUGAAGCUUUAUCAGACAGUCUGCUCGAUUAAGGAGACAUCGCAGCUGAAAGACCCAGAGUAUUACUACACCGUAUAUGGCAAGGGCAGAGCAUACAUUGAAAUGAGGAAAUUCGACGAAGGGCUGGGAUUUCUUCAGGACGCCAUCAACGGGUGGAAACUCAUCUUUGACACCGCCGAUCAUCCGUACAUCUUCAUGGCGAUGGAGCACAUGGGACUCGGAUUGCUUCGACGAGGAGAAGCGCUCGACAACCGGAAGGCACAUUCCUUAUGCAAGCAGGCACUCGAGGGGUGCGAGAAAAUGUUGCGAGAUGGCCAUCCCCAAACGUGUCAAGCGAGGGCAAGUCUGGGUGCGGUGCUUGCAGAGCAGAAUCGUUUGAACGAAGCUUCAAACGUAUACGCUGCCAGCCUGCGGGAACGGCGAGCCGAGUUCGGAGACUACCAUCCAUCGACGCUUGAGGUGAGGCGUCUCCUGGCAGACAUCCUGUGGAGGCGGCACCGCUACUGGAAGGUAUGGUGGAUGUCUGUAACAGGGCCGGGAGGGAGGGGGAAAGCACUGGCCGCUUCGAGCAUUGGACUGCUACUUGCCAUCAUGACAAUGGUUCUUGCUUACUCCAAAUUCAAGCGCUUGUCUUGGCCGCGGCACAUGGCAAGCGCCAUGGAGCUGCUCUCUCGUGUUUUCAGAAAUUGA